GUGAAGAGAUACGAAGAUGGAUAACACAGAAGAACUUGUCUCCAUUGAGCUACCAGCUCCUGCUUCAUGGAAGAAACUGUUUUAUCCAAAAAGAGCUGGUACUCCGAGAAAGACAGAGAUUGUGUUCGUGGCCCCAACGGGUGAAGAGAUCAGCUCGCGGAAGCAGUUGGAGCAGUACCUGAAAGCUCAUCCUGGCAACCCUGUCAUCUCUGAAUUUGAAUGGACGACUGGGGAAACUCCAAGGAGGUCUUCAAGGAUCAGCCAAAAGGUGAAGGCAACGACGCCUACUCCGGACAAAGAACCCCUCUUGAAGAAGAGACGAUCUUCGCUCACAAAGAAGGACAAUAAGGAGGCUGCUGAGAAGAACGAAGAGGCUGCUGCGAAGGACAACAUGGAUGUUGACAAGGAUGGACUGAAGGAAAACGCAGAGGGCGAGAAGGAGAAAGAGGCUGAGAAGACUGAGGCUGAGAAGGAGAACAAAGAGGGUGAAAAGACUGAGGCUGAGAAGGACGGUCAAACAGAAAUUGCAGAGGUUGAGAAGGAGAAGGAUGGUGAAAAGACUGAGGCUGAGGCCAAAGAGGGAGAAGUUGUGGCGGACAAGAAAGAGCCUAUGGAAGUGGAGACCGCUGAACUAGAGAAAAAGACUGAGGGUGGUGGUGAAGAACCUCCCAAAGUUGAAGGCCUCAAGGACACUGAAGUGAAAGAGCCUGAGGAAGUUGUUGCUGAGGGUGAUGGAGAGAAGAAGCCUGCAGAGGAAGAGGCCGAGAAAAAAGGCAGCGCGACAACAGAGGCUAACGGAGAACAGAAUGUGACCCCGGGUGAGCCUAACCUUGAUGCAGAUGCUGAAGCAAAUAAGGGAAAAGAAUCCAAAGAAUCUGAUGAGAAGAAGACAGAAGCUGAGGCAAAUAAGGAGAAUGAAACUCAAGAAUCUGAUGAGAAGAAGACAGAAGUUGCAGCAAAUAAGGAGAACGAAACCCAAGAAUCUGAUGUUAAGAAGACAGAAGCUGCAGCAAAUGAGGAGAACGAAACCCAGGAAUCUGAUGUUAAGAAGACAGAAGCUGCAACAGCAACAGCAGUAGCAGAGGAGAAGAAGAACGACAUGAAGGCAGAAGACACAAACAGAAGCUUGGAGGCGAAUCAAGUUCAGCAGCAGGGCGCUGCAGCUUCCGUGAGCUGUUAAAACCUAUAUCGUUCUGUACAGAGUACAGAACGUGAAGAGUUUGUUGUGAUUUCAGAUGUAGCAUUAACAUUAUGAGUGGUUUGUUGUAUGUGUCGGUAGAACUAAUAUCUCUAUGUAGUUCAGUUCAUUACCAUUUGUACGUUUGUACUUUGUUGUUGUAUUAUUAUUAAUGUUAGGCAUUUAGACU